AUGAUUGUUUGGAUCAUUUUUAAUAGGAUUGUGAUGGCUGGUGGUCAGGCUAAUUCAGAUGAAUCGUUGAAUUGUCAUUCAGUUGACUCGUCAUUGGAGUACGUUGACCUGGAUGGACCACAUCAUUGUUUUUGUCGACUACCAAGACGUGUAUUCUACAACACAAUUGGAAGAUGCCUGGAUAUAGAGUGCUAUUAUUGUGUGAAAGAAGUGAAAAAGGAGCCAUUUGGAAUAGAUGAACUACAGGAAGUGGCAGAUCAAAUAAAAGUAGAAGAUGACAAGAAAUCAGAUGAGGGUAAAGAAGUUCAGAAACCAGAAGAAGUUCCAGGGCCAAGUAAAGCUCCAGAGGCAUCAACACCUUUUGAUUUGAGGGAUGCUUUGGUUGUAGAACAGACGAUGGGUGUAACCAAGGAGAUGACUGUAGAUGUCAUACAAAAAGAUAGAAGAGGAAGAAAGUGUAGGAGGGGAAAAAGGACACAGUGGACUAAAAGAGCAAAGAAGACAGAGUGGGCUAAAAGAGGAAUGAAGAGGAAACAGAGUAAGGCAAAUCCACCAAUUGUGAUUGUAGGAAGAGAGGCUACAAGGAAACAGCCACCAAGAAAAGCAAAGAAAAUAACACAAAACUAG